AUCCGCGCCUACACGCAUCGCCGAACGUAUAUAUGUUCAAAUAAGAGAGCUAUAAGAUAAUAAGACAGUCCAUUUUUCAUUCAUGAUUCCAGGGAAGCUUGCACCGCCCGCUUUUAUACACAGAUUUAUGUGAUUUUGUUUUAGCUUGUGAAGGAUUAUCAACAUCAAGAGAAAUGGGUGUUUGGACUUUUCUAUCGAUAUUCUUACUUCAUCACAUGGUUUCCGGUCAUAUGGGUCGUGACCACUCGGAGGCCAGUCGCUGGUACCAGAGAACAGUGCGCGCCAAGGACCCGUUCGCCAAGUUCACAGAGGAGACUCUGAACCUCGGUACCAGGUUCCCGCGCCCGGGAGAGAGCGGCUUCAGUAAAUCAGACACGAUGCUACCCCCUACCACAACCCCGACGCUGCUAGACUCGUUCCUUAAUUAUGACUACAACUACGAUUACCCCUCAGUGACCCCCGUCGCUUCUACUACGGAUGGUAGCAAGAAAAGCACGACCAAAGCGACACAGAGCAACCAUUUAGCGCAAAAACUCGACUUUGUGGACCCAGUUCAAGGGGAUACGUUUUCGGUCACGUUCGACCCCUUACCCACACAAGUGUAUCCAACACCCCCCGGAGGGUUCUUGAACUUUGAGAAUACAAAGCUGUAUCCUGAGACAAACAAUAAUCAACAAAACGUUGGUCUGAGUGAUCUAGAUAGCAACAGUCUGCACAACGACCUAGACUUCUUCUCCAAGCUGAAAAACGACCGGAAGAGGAUUCUGGCUGAAAGGCUUGUGAGGAAUAUCCAGAGACCUCUCAGUUUUCAGGAAAAUAAUCACUUAAAUAUCGAUCCCCUCUGGGUCUAUCUUCUGGCGUCACAGUAACCGAGCUAAAUGACGUCAUUAUCUACAAACUAUUUAUACUUCUGUGAUACGUGCACCGUACAUGGUUGUACAGACAGUGAGUGGUUGAACUGUAGGAUAGGUUUACCUGUAGUUUGACCUAAUUAUUAGAUACCCAGUUUUGUGAUGUUGCAGCACGUAUGACGAUAUCAAAUAAUCGACCAAUGCACUUAUUUAACAUUGCUUGUUAUAUUUGUUGAUGUUUUAUUUCACAUAAAUGUUGUUCUCUGAUGUUUUUGUUCAUUAAACAGAAUAAAUAUUAAG